AUGAGGAGAAGAAGUGCUCCUGCAAGAAUGCAAAGCGAUGCCCAGUCAAGAAGAGCCAGGAGCAACAUGGAAGAACGUGCAGCUCGGGCCAUUCGGGUCCUGCAGAAUAGGUACAAGGGUUUGUUCCUUUCAGGAACAUCAGGUGCACCCCCUCUCCGGAAGAGCAGGGGACCAGGUGGGAAGGGCCAGCAGUGUCCAUCCACACCACAGGAACAUAUCAGUGGGUGGAGUUCAUACGACCAGCAUCUGCCUCCACACAGGGGUCUGGCACAUGCCCUGAUGGGAGUCCUCAAGAAGGGUCCUCAGGCUUUUCUCUGCUUUCUUUGCCCAGGGCUGGUCUUCAGCGUGGCGUGCAUCCUAACAAUGGCCGUGCUCUCCCUCCAGAGAUGCCUCAGCACAGCCAUCUCCACCCUGAAAGAAAUGAUCCUUCUGAAAAAGAAGAGGUGCUUGACAAUCCUCUUUUUGAUAAGUCUAAGUAUUCUCGCUGGUGCCUGCUGCGAGGCCUUGCUGCUGAUGUGGAGGCUGCAGGCAAAGGAUUUGGCAGAGGAAGCUCAGGAAAUGCAAGAGGCCAUGUCUGCAACCACGUGGAUUUCUGACUGGGCUCUGAAAAAUGCAGGGGCUUGUGUUGAUCUGCAGAGAUUGUCCAGCACUUCAUGGCUGUGCAGGGUGCUUGGGCUCCGGUGUACUGUCCCAGUCCAGGACACCUUUGUGCAGCCGGACUUUUCCCCGGGAUACUGCUGGCCUUUCCAGGGCACAGAGACCGAGGUGCUCAUCCGGUUGCCUGUACAAAUACAGCCGAUGGCUAUCACCUUACAGCACACCUCCAGCACAGCUGCUCCACCAGGGAUUCGUGGUAGUGCCCCCCGAGAUUUCAGUGUCUAUGGACUGGAUGAGGAAGGCAAGGACAAAACUCUGCUGGGCACAUUCACCUAUGCCAUGCAGGAGGAGCUGACCCAGACCUUCCCUCUGCAGCUUGGGAUCCCUGGAGCAUUUCGGUUUCUGCAACUUGACAUACGGAGCAACUGGGGAAAACCACGAUAUACCUGCAUUUAUCGAGUGCAGGUGCAUGGGAAGAGCGUGGGAAGGAAAGCCGUGAGUUAG